CCUGCUGUAUGAUAGCAUCCAGCUGAAAAUAACUUAACAAUAUAGCCUAUCUUAUGAGCUCAUCAAAAGAAUCAGUGAUGCAUAUGCUUGCCAGUUAUUCAACCUCCCUUCUCUGUGCUUCUUGCCUUUUGUGCAUCAGGGGCAUCGUCUUGGACAGAGGGGAGGAUUAAGAACUACAAAUCUAAUAAAAAUGGACAUGUGGACAUAUUCAUUGACUUCUAAUCCUAUAAAAAACAAAAGGAGCAAUAAUUUGGUCUACUGCAUAAAGGAUAGCACAGAGCCUUAAACAGCUGCAAGAUGUGUACAAGGGAAAGUCAGGUGUCUCCACAGGUACAGCGGUACAACCUUUACACUCUGACGGACAGCUCAGAAUGUGGGUCAGAGAAAGAAGAGGUAGACCCUUCCAAGCACCUGACACCCUUGCAAAAGUUAACACUUGAGAUGUGCAAUAAUGAAGACACCAUAAAGGAAAUAACUGUUGGCAGAAGGGUAGGCUUCUACAAAGUCCGUGGUGAAAUAGGCUGUGGGAACUUUUCGAAAGUCAAACUGGCCUUCCAUGCCCUCACCAAAGACAAAGUUGCCAUUAAAAUCCUAGAGAAGAUGAGGCUUGAUCUGCAGACCCAGAGAAUGCUGUCCAGAGAGAUAUCCAACAUGGAGAGUUUGUAUCACCCAAACUUACUGCAACUCUAUGAGGUUGUGGAGACGCCAAGUCGGUUGUACCUGGUUCUGGAGUUCGCUGGAGGAGGAGACCUCCACACCAGAAUCAGCACAGGAGGAAAACUCUCUGACCGAGAGAGCAAGAUUAUAUUUGCCCAAAUUCUAUCAGCAGUCAAAUACAUGCACGAAAACAACAUCAUUCAUCGCGAUUUGAAGGCUGAAAAUGUUCUCUAUACCAUCAAUGGCUGUGUAAAGGUAGCUGACUUUGGCUUCAGCACAAGGGUCAAUAAUCGCAACCAAGCCCUAGACACUUUUUGUGGUUCUCCUCCUUAUGCUGCUCCUGAGCUCUUUAAAGAUGAGUCCUACAUCGGGCCACCUGUGGAUGUGUGGGCAAUGGGCGUCCUUCUCUUUUUCAUGGUGACUGGCACCUUGCCUUUCCGUGCUGACACUGUAGCCAAGCUGCGCCACAGCGUGCUGGAUGGGGCCUAUGCCCUGCCAACCUGGGUAUCAGCUCCGUGUCAGCGGUUGAUCAAGGGGAUCCUGAAGCCAGACCCAUCAGACCGAUGUGCAUUGGACCAGAUGUUGGGCUGUGAGUGGCUGUUGCCAGUAGAACUCUCUCGCCCACUUCCUCCCUUAUCCCAGCUCAACCCUGUUUAUCUCCUGGAGGCUGGCCCGGCGGAGCUAGACAGAGACCUGGAGGAGGUAAAAGCAGUCCUGGAGGAACUGGGAAUCACUGAGGAACAUAUUCUCAAUAACCAAGGAAAAAGUAUUCGCAGUCCCAUUACAGGGGUUUACCGCAUAUUGUUGCAUAGAGUUAAAAUAAGCAGGGGAGCAGAGUUUGCACCAAUGAUCAGUGGAGUUGUCAAAGAUCCUAAAAGAGAUAGUCUCCGUGCCUACAGGAAUUUACUGCACUCCUCAAAACUGUGUGUCCUCUCUUAAUCAGCGUAACACAAUGUGACUACGUUGCAUUUCAGUUAUGAUGGCUAGUAGUAUUGCACAAAUAAUUUAAUAUUAGCCAUGCAUUGUUGUCACUAGUCAGCUAAUAAAAUCAUAAAAUGUCCUAUUCUAUUUCUAUUUCUAAGUGUUAUUGCAACAUCGUAAUGCCUCUUUUCAUAGUGUACAACUAUAAACAAUCUUUUGACAGAAAAGUCAAUCUAGACCAUAGUCUGUGCUAUCAGUAUAAAAUAAGUAUUCAAUUAGAAAAUAUAUGCUUAUUAUUAUUGUUUAACUUUCAAAGUACUUUUAAAAUGAUUUCCUUUGGCCAGUGGCCUACUUGCAUUCUUCUGAUAGGAAAUGGCUUAACUAUCAGUGGCUUAAUUUAUGUUACAUUUAUGUGUUUCAGUUUUUACAUGCCAGGCAGUUGUUUUCUAUUUUUGCAAAUA